UCCUCACUGUACACAGCGGAAUCCUCUGCGGGUGUUUUUUUUUUCGUGCCUCACCAUAACUGUGUCUCAAAUAAAGCAAAGAAAUGGACAACAGUGGGAAAGAGAAGGAAGCGAUUCAGCUAAUGGCCGACGCUGACAAAAAAAUCAAGACCUCUGGCUCGUUUUUGGGAGGGAUGUUUGGAGGAGGACCUCACAAAGUGGAAGAAGCAUGCGAGAUGUACUGCAGAGCAGCCAACAUGUUCAAGAUGGCCAAGAACUGGAGCGCUGCUGGAAAUGCGUUCUGCAAAGCUGCACGCCUCCAUAUGCAGCUGCAGAACAAGCAUGACUGCGCCACCAGUUUCAUCGAUGCAGGAAAUGCUUACAAGAAGUCUGACCCUAAUGAGGCAAUCAAGUGUUUAAAUGCGGCCAUCGAUAUAUACACAGACAUGGGAAGAUUCACCAUCGCCGCCAAACACCACAUCAAUAUCGCAGAGAUCUACGAGUCCGAACUGGUGGAUAUCGAGAAGGCUAUUGCACAUUAUGAACAAGCAGCAGACUACUACAAAGGGGAAGAAUCCAACAGCUCUGCCAACAAGUGUCUGCUGAAGGUGGGGGCUUACUGUGCUCAGCUGGAGCAGUACCAGAGGGCUAUUGAGAUCUACGAGCAGGUUGGAGCCAACACGAUGGACAACCCGUUGCUGAAAUACAGCGCCAAAGAGUACUUCUUCAAAGCCUCCCUCUGUCAUUUCAUCGUCGACGAGCUCAACGCUAAGAUUGCUGUUGAAAAAUACGAGGAGAUGUUCCCGGCUUUCUCAGACUCCAGAGAAUGCAAACUGUUGAAGAAACUUCUUGAGGCUCAUGAGGAACAGAACUGCGAAGCUUUCACAGAGGCAGUGAAGGAUUUCGACUCGAUCUCGCGUCUGGACCAGUGGCACACGAGCCUCCUGCUGCGCAUCAAAAAGACCAUCCAGGGCGACGAAGGGGAUUUGAAAUGAAGGAAACCCAGGGGUCACGAACACAGCACGGAGGGACAAACCCAUCACGCAUGCUUUCACACACACGCAUACACACACACACACACACACACACACACACACACUUCCAUUCACCUCACUGUGUAUAGCAUCCGGAGAUGAGUGUCUGCUGAUGACUCUGAAUAUUCCACUGCUAUACUGUCACAGUACUAUCUUUGCUUUCCUUCUGAGCAUAUCUGAAUCUAGUCAGAAUGUAAAUCCUCUCGCCCUCACCUCUCUCUAGAGGAUUGCUGCAUACCUUCUUCUGCUGAAGUCUGUCCUGGGGGGGGGGAUUUCAUAGUGGUACGUUGUAUUGAAACCGAUGUUAGUAUUGACAACAAGCAUUGCAUGUUUUGUACGAGUAUCGUUUCCUAGUCAGAUGCAGUUAGUGUUGUUUUUUUUUUUUUUUUUUUUUGUUUUUUUUAAAUCUAGUUUAAUAUAUAUUUAAACACUUUAUUUAAAUGUUUCCGUUUGUUCUACAUAAGAUUAUCAUGGUGUGUAUGGAUUUCAAGAAUGUACCUUUUAUGUUUGUUUGUUUGUUUGUUAUUUGUCGGCGUAGAAGGGCUCAAAUCCACGUCAUGAUUAAUCCUAAAAGUCAUUGCAGCCACACGGAAAGGAUUUGUUUCCAUUUCAUCACCAAUGGGGAGAGACUCUUCUUGAAGAAGGGCAAUGAUAUGCACCUGUAGACUGUUACACAUUUGUAUUUAAUCACUUACACUGAUCCCACACACACACACACACACACACAUGCAUACUUACACUACUUGGGGAUACUUUCUAUUUACUUUAGGAUUCGUUGAUGUAAUAAUACUUUGAAUGUUUGAAUCUGUAAGCCGUGAUUCAUAGUUUGCCUGUGGGGGAUUUCUUUGAAUGAAAAGCACCGACAUGGAAACGUGUGCUCCUUAUUUCCGGGGCAGUAAUCUUUGGGGUAAUGUGCAUCAUUAGUCACUCAUCUCGUGCUGUGUUGUGAAGCGUAACGUAUCAUUGAAGGGUUUACUUCCAAACAGCCAGUCGCUAAGCAUGUCAUUGUGUAUAGAUUAGCGUUGUUACAUUCACUAGUGUGAGCCAGACCAAAGUUUUUACUAAAAGGGUCAGUCGCCCUGCGUAUCCAGCUUCUUCCAGAUGGAAUGACAACGGACCUUGGAUAUGAUCUGUAUGCUAGUGCGAAUGGACAAUAAUAAAGAUAUUAUAUU